AUGAAAUGGAAACAUUAUCCUUUUUUGGUCAUAGUAGCAGUAUUCAGCCUUUCCAGAUGCCAUCAGUUACUGGGUCAGCUCAUUCCAGACUCCGACGACCUAGAGAGGGGGAACGACAGCGGGACACCACUCCCCACCUCUGAUAAUGGUGACAAUUCGCUGGGCUACACAGGCUCCCGUCUUCGACAAGAGGAUUUCCCACCUCGAAUUGUCGAACACCCUUCUGAUCUAAUUGUUUCCAAAGGAGAACCAGCAACUUUAAACUGUAAAGCAGAAGGCAGGCCAACCCCCACCAUUGAGUGGUACAAGGGUGGUGAAAGAGUGGAAACAGACAAGGAUGAUCCGCGAUCCCACCGCAUGCUGCUGCCCAGCGGAUCUUUAUUUUUCUUACGCAUAGUCCAUGGGCGCAAGAGUAGGCCUGAUGAAGGUGUCUAUGUCUGUGUGGCAAGGAAUUACCUUGGGGAAGCUGUAAGUCAUAAUGCAUCACUGGAGGUAGCAAUUCUACGGGAUGACUUCCGACAAAAUCCAUCAGAUGUAAUGGUAGCUGUGGGUGAACCUGCAGUGAUGGAAUGUCAGCCACCAAGAGGUCACCCAGAACCCACUAUAUCGUGGAAAAAAGAUGGGACUCCUCUAGAUGACAAAGAUGAGAGAAUUACAAUCAGAGGAGGAAAGCUUAUGAUCACAUACACAAGAAAGAAUGAUGCUGGCAAAUAUGUUUGUGUUGGAACAAAUAUGGUUGGAGAACGUGAAAGUGAAGUUGCAGAGCUCACUGUUUUAGAGAGACCAUCUUUUGUGAAGAGACCAAGUAAUUUGGCUGUGACUGUGGAUGAUAGUGCAGAGUUUAAGUGUGAGGCAAGAGGUGACCCGGUCCCUACAGUAAGAUGGAGGAAAGAUGAUGGGGAAUUACCAAAAGCAAGAUAUGAAAUCCGUGAUGAUCAUACCUUGAAAAUCCGGAAAGUUACAGCAGGAGAUAUGGGCUCAUACACUUGUGUUGCAGAAAAUAUGGUUGGAAAAGCUGAAGCAUCAGCAACUCUAACAGUUCAAGUUGUGUCUGAGCCUCCACAGUUUGUUAUAAAGCCUCGAGAUCAGGUAGCUGCACUGGGAAGAACAGUGACUUUCCAGUGUGAAGCAACUGGAAACCCUCAGCCAGCCAUCUUUUGGCGGAGAGAGGGAAGUCAGAAUCUGCUUUUCUCAUACCAGCCCCCUCAGUCAUCCAGCCGAUUUUCAGUUUCCCAGACAGGUGACCUCACUAUCACUAACGUCCAGAGAUCUGAUGUUGGGUACUAUAUCUGCCAGACUUUAAAUGUUGCGGGAAGUAUCAUAACAAAAGCCUACUUGGAAGUUACCGAUGUGAUUGCAGACCGACCUCCCCCUGUUAUUCGACAGGGUCCUGUGAAUCAGACUGUAGCUGUAGAUGGUACUUUAGUACUGAACUGUGUGGCCACAGGCUCUUUGGUGCCCACCAUCCUCUGGAAAAAGGAUGGGAUCCUCAUUUCUACCCAGGACUCUCGCAUCAAGCAGUUGGAUACAGGAGCAUUACAGAUCCGAUAUGCCAAGCUGGGUGACACUGGUCGGUACACCUGCAUUGCUUCAACCCCAAGUGGCGAAGCUACAUGGAGCGCAUACAUAGAGGUCCAAGAGUUUGGAGUCCCAGUGCAGCCACCAAGACCCACUGACCCAAACUUGAUUCCUAGUGCUCCAUCAAAACCCGAGGUUACAGAUGUCAGCAGAAAUACAGUAACAUUGUCGUGGCAACCUAAUUUGAAUUCAGGUGCAACACCAACCUCUUACAUAAUUGAGGCCUUCAGCCAUGCAUCUGGUAGCAGCUGGCAAACUGUAGCUGAAAAUGUGAAAACAGAAAGUUUUGCAGUUAAAGGGCUAAAACCUAGUGCAAUAUAUCUAUUCCUUGUGAGGGCAGCUAAUGCAUAUGGACUAAGUGACCCAAGCCAAAUAUCUGAUCCAGUGAAAACUCAAGAUGUUCCACCAACAAGUCAAGGUGUGGAUCAUAAGCAGGUCCAGAGAGAGCUGGGUGAUGUGGUACUACAUCUGCACAACCCUACUAUCCUUUCUUCCUCCUCAAUUGAAGUUCAUUGGACUGUGGACCAGCAAUCCCAGUAUAUUCAAGGAUAUAAAAUUCUGUACCGGCCAACACCAGCAUCCUAUGGAGAGUCAGAGUGGUUAAUCUUUGAAGUGAGGACUCCAACCAAAAACAGCGUUAUCAUUCCUGAGCUGAAGAAAGGUGUAAACUAUGAAAUCAAGGCCCGCCCUUUUUUUAAUGAGUUUCAGGGAGCAGAUAGUGAAGUGAAAUUUGCAAAGACCCUGGAAGAAGCUCCUAGUGCUCCACCUCAGAGUGUUUCAGUAACUAAGAACGAUGGGAACGGGACGGCAAUUGUGGUCACCUGGCAGCCACCCCCUGAGGACAACCAGAACGGAAUGGUUCAAGAAUACAAGGUUUGGUGUCUUGGCAAUGAAAGUAGAUACCAUAUAAACAAGACAGUAGAUGGUUCCACCUUUUCUGUAGUCAUCCCCUCCCUAGUUCCUGGUAUUCGAUACAGCGUGGAAGUGGCAGCAAGUACUGGGGCUGGACCUGGAGUGAAAAGCGAUCCUCAGUUUAUCCAAUUAGAUUCUCAUGGAAACCCUGUGUCUUCAGAAGAUCAAGUCAGUUUAGCCCAGCAGAUUUCUGAUGUAGUAAAACAGCCUGCCUUUAUUGCUGGAAUUGGUGCAGCCUGUUGGAUUAUCCUGAUGGUCUUCAGCAUCUGGUUAUACCGCCACAGGAAGAAGCGAAAUGGACUCACUAGUACUUACGCUGGUAUCAGAAAAGUCCCGUCUUUUACCUUCACACCAACAGUAACAUAUCAGAGAGGUGGAGAGGCCGUAAGCAGUGGAGGCAGGCCAGGACUCCUAAACAUCAGUGAACCGGCCACUCAGCCAUGGCUAGCAGAUACUUGGCCUAACACGGGGAACAAUCACAAUGACUGCUCCAUCAACUGCUGCACCUCUGGCAACGGCAACAGUGAUAGCAACCUUACGACGUACAGUCGACCAGCCGAUUGUAUAGCAAAUUACAACAAUCAGCUGGACAACAAGCAGACAAACCUGAUGUUGCCUGAGUCAACUGUAUAUGGUGACGUGGACCUCAGCAAUAAAAUCAAUGAGAUGAAAACCUUCAAUAGUCCAAAUCUAAAGGAUGGAAGAUUUGUCAGCCAGCCUGGGCAGCCCACUCCUUAUGCCACCACUCAACUCAUCCAGUCAAAUAUCAGCAAUAAUGUUAACAAUGGCAGCGGGGAUACGAAUGAGAAACACUGGAAACCCUCUGUUCAGCAAAAGCAAGAGGUUGCACCCAUACAGUACAACAUUAUGGAGCAAAACAAAUUAAACAAAGAUUACCGGGUAAAUGACAACAUUGCUCCAACCAUUCCAUACAACCAGUCAUACGACCAGAAUACAGGUGGAUCAUACAACAGCUCGGACAGAGGCAGUAGUACAUCGGGGAGUCAAGGGCAUAAGAAGGGUGCUCGGACCCCAAAGGCUCCCAAACAAGCUGGCAUGAACUGGGCAGAUCUUCUUCCACCCCCUCCAGCACAUCCACCUCCCCAUAGCAAUAGUGAAGAUUACAGUCUUUCGGUGGAUGAAAGCUAUGACCAAGAAAUUCCUUGUCCUGUCCCACCUGCAAGGAUGUAUCUGCAGCAGGAUGAGCUAGAGGAAGAGGAAGAAGAUGAGCGAGGUCCUACUCCACCUGUCCGAGGAGCAGCUUCCUCUCCAGCCGCUGUCUCCUAUAGCCAUCAGUCAACUGCCACUCUCACGCCCUCUCCCCAGGAAGAACUCCAGCCCAUGUUACAGGACUGUCAGGAGGAUCUGGGACACAUACAACACCAACCUGACCGGAGACGUCAGCCUGUGAGUCCUCCACCCCCUCCAAGACCUAUCUCCCCGCCGCAUACCUAUGGAUAUAUCUCAGGGCCCUUGGUCUCUGAUAUGGAUACUGAUGCACCAGAAGAGGAAGAGGAUGAGGCAGAUAUAGAGGUUGCCAAGAUGCAGAACAGAAGGCUCCUUUUGCGUGGCCUCGAGCAGACACCUGCUUCCAGCGUUGGGGAUUUGGAGAGCUCUGUAACAGGGUCCAUGAUCAAUGGCUGGGGUUCAGCCUCGGAAGAAGAUAACAUCUCAAGUGGGCGGUCUAGUGUUAGCUCUUCAGAUGGAUCAUUUUUUACCGAUGCAGAUUUUGCACAGGCUGUUGCAGCAGCUGCAGAAUAUGCUGGCCUGAAAGUAGCCAGACGUCAAAUGCAGGAUGCAGCAGGAGGCCGUAGACAUUUUCAUGCAUCACACUGUCCUAGACCCACCAGCCCCGUGUCUACUGACAGCAACAUGAGUGCUGUGGUAAUACAGAAGGUCCGACCUGCCAAAAAGCAGAAACACCAGCCAGGACAUCUGCGCAGAGAAGUCUACACAGAUGACUUGCCGCCCCCUCCUGUGCCACCUCCAGCUAUAAAAUCACCAACCGCCCAGUCCAAAUCCCAGCUGGAGGUGCGGCCGGUCAUGUUGCCCAAACUUGCUUCUAUAGAAGUGAGGACAGACAGAUCUGCAGAGAGGAAAGGAGCGAGCUACAAGGGCAGGGACGGGGUGGAUGGGCGACAGCAUUCAGACGUGCGGACAAACUCGGGAGAGCGGAGAGAGCCGCAGGAACAGCAAAAUGAUGGGAAACUGCGAGGAAAUAAAGCACCAAAACGAGAAGGCACACCAGCAAAAACUCAUCUUCUUCAAGAGGACAUCCUGCCAUAUUCUAGACCAACAUUUCCAACAUCAAAUAAUCCUAGAGAUCCCAGCUCCUCCAGCUCUAUGUCGUCAAGAGGAUCAGGAGGUAGACAGAGGGCAGAUCAAGCAAAUAUAGCCCGAAGGAAUGUUGCAGAAAUGCAGCUACUGGGAGCGUAUGAACAAGGAGAAGAGGAAGAAGAGAUGGAGGAAACAGAAAGCUGAAGACAGCGACAUCUAUCAGGACUAGCCCCAAUG